AUGGACAACCAACCGUUUUCAGACGAAGAAAAGCGCUUUGUCCUCGCAGAAGCCAUCAGGACCAGUCAAAUUCCACUGGAGAGACUCUUCGCCUUUCUGAAUGACAAUUCCUCAGUCCCAGCGUGGGACGAUAUGCUGGUUCCUCGUGGACGAAACCUAAAACAAUGUAAAGACGCGUUCGAAAGUCUUCGCUUUAGUCCUUCGGCGCCAAUGUUCCAGCCCCAUAUCCAGAGUCAGAGUCAUGGUCAAAGCCAAAGCCAUAAUCUUGCUGUCCCGAAUUUAAGUGCGACGAGCUCUGGUAUCAAGCGCAAGUCAGCUCCUGGAGCGAUGGAACCCUUUUUUCCUGCCGCCGGCCCUCCAGCAAAGCGACGACAAUCUAGUGGUGAUCCUGUUUCAAUUGCGCGCGAUAUACGUCCCAAGCCUUCCAAUGGUUCUCCUCUGUCCACGACGUCCUUUCCGACUCAAGAACCAAAAAAGCGCGGUCGACCGUCUAAGAAAGAUGUUGAGCGCAAACAACAGGAAGCUAUUGCACGAGGGGAUAUUCUGCCGCCGGCGACUUCUAUGGGAUACCAAAUGCAAGGAGAGGAAGUUAGUGUUCCUGGUUAUGCGCCAAUCCGUCCAGCGGUAACUCCGACUCCCCAGUAUGCGCCGAGUCCAGGAAUACCAAUUGAGAGAGAACUUCCCGAGCGUGCAGGAUCACCAGGGGAAAAAAGACGACCGAAAGCCACUCCAAAAGCUUCUAAGGCUACUCCCAAACAACCAGGAGAAGGUAGUUUUAAGGUCAACCCAACCAUUGGUUCCAUGAUAGAACAUGAAGAACCGGUUGCGCCGACUUCAAUAGCAACUUCAGCUGCUAUUCCGGUAACAGGUCCGGUCGAGGUUGCUACUUCAGCCCCAAUUAGUUCACUGGUUGCGACAGCAGCACCUCCACCUCCACCUCCAACAUCAACAACACAACCACCACCCGAUACAUAA